AACGUUAAAGUGGCAGCAAAGCUGAAAAGCGGAGGCGUGACGUCAGCAGGAUGUAAAUGCAGAGCCUCGCAGGCCGCUCUCUCUUUUCCCUCUCCAGUGCCGUCAGGGUAGUUGGCCUACUCUCCUCUCUAGGAAAAUUUAACACACAAGCACCAAAAUGAUAAUCUACAAGUGCAUCAUCUGCGGAGAUGAGAUGUUCUCGGAUAUCUACAAAAUCUUGGACACAGGCAUUUUCUAUGAAGUUGAAGGAAAGAUGAUCUCCAGAACUGAAGAUAUCGAUGACUCAUUGAUCGGCGGCAACGCCUCUGCCGAGGAGGCCUGUGACGGUAACCUGUCCUCCACCGUCUCUGGUAUUGACAUCGUCCUCAAUCACAAACUCCAGGAGGUUCCAUCUCUUGAUAAGAAGGCUUUCCUGGCCUAUGCUAAAGAGUACUUGAAAACGGUCAAGGCCAAACUGGAGGAGUCCAAACCCGACAGAGUAGACAGCUUCAUGAAGGAGGCCCAGGUUGCGGUUAAGGAGCUCCUCCCGAAACUUAAGGACUACCAGUUUUUCAUAGGAGAGUCCCUGAACGGAGAUGGCGCUAUGGGCAUGCUGAACUUCCGCGAAGACGGUGUCACGCCAUACAUGCUUUUCUUCAAAGAUGGUCUGGAGGAGGAGAAAUGUGUACUAACCGCUUGGAAACCAUCUGGAGCACGGCCCUGCAUCUCGCCUGGAUGAGUGUUAUCACAGCCCAAAAACGCAGCUCAAAGCCGGGGAGAAUCAAACUUGAUUCGGUCACUAAACAGUUUUUAGCUUUUUUUUUUUCUUUUUUUCUUCAGCCCAGUUUUCUUUUUUUGGAAACUAAGACAGGACUGAGUGAAGCUCUGACUCUGGCUGAAGAAGCCUUUUCUCUUCUUCCCCUCAUCUGUCGCACUGUUUUGGUAACAAUCUACAGUUUGGCAUCCCCCGACCUCUGUUUGGGUUCAUUGGUGCAUUAAAUAUUCCUCAAUGCAAAGAUCUUUGGUUGAAUGAAAAUAAAAUCAAGUACAACCA